GCAAGUACAAGCUAUUGGUGUCAGGGAAGUUGUCCGUUGUGAAAAUGGCAUGCAGAGCAAGUGAUAUAUAGUAAAGACAAUGGACAGCACUAUCAAGCAGCCAGAUGUUGCUCUUAACUAAAUGCAAGUUAGAUUUGAAGGGCCUAACUAACAAUGGGGAGUUUUGUGGCUGAUCUGUUUCUGCUCCUGCUGAUUUCUACAGGACAAGUUUAUGGAGUGUCAUUCUACGGUGAUGGCUAUAUUCACUUGCGGACAGUGGAGACAUCGAUUCAGACGAUUCUCCAUGUACGAUUUCGAACCUCCAGUCAGGUGGGGCUGCUGUUUUUGGCAGCUGGACGCAGAGACUUCUUGCUGCUGGAGCUGAUAUCUGGUCGACUGCAGGUACGUCUGGACCUGGGUUCAGGUGAGCGUUCACUACGCUCAGAAAAAAGCAUUCAUCUUAGCGACCUGGCGUGGCACUCCAUGGAGCUGACCCAUGACCACCAUAAUGUCAACAUGACCGUGGACCGAAACUCUCAUACCAGCCUCCGUAUGCCAGGACCAGAUCUGGAGCUCAGUGUCGAGUAUGGGCUUUAUGUUGGUGGGGCAGCUGGACUAAACCACCCAAAGCUUCUCAACAUCUCUGGCGGUUUUAGAGGUUGCUUAGAUGAAGUUGUGUUCAAUGAACAUAACCUGCUGUCCAGUCUAAGGCCUUAUUCUGGGUACAAGAGCGUCCACGAGGUAUCUCUGGGCUGUAGUCCACAGUUUUCUGCAACAGUAGAAGAUUCUGUAAGUUUUUUCAGCUCUAAAGCCUUUAUCUCUCUCCCACCGUGGGAUGUGCCACAGGAAGGAGUGUUUGAAUGUGAAUUACACCCCUCUGCAAGAGAAGAAGAUGGCAUGAUCCUGUAUAGCUCUGGAAACCAGGGAGGGUUUGUUGCCAUAGAGAUCAGAGAUGGUCAUCUGGUGGCAACGGUGGGAAAUGAAGAGGGGAGUAAGACUGAGUUGCGUUCUCUAACACAUGUACGCAGCAACCACACCUGGUACCCCAUCCAGCUGCACCUGCAGCCCCACAUUGUCCAGCUGAAGGUGGGUGAAGAAUUCGUCAAGGCCAACCUGAGUCUGGCGCUCCAGGUUAUCCAGCUCAAGGGGCCUCUCUUCCUGGGAGGGCUGAAUGAAGAAGCUCGGGGAGAGGCAAGACGAGCUGGGCUACUGUCCGCUGUGCUUGGGGUGCAACUAGCUGGCCGAGGAGGCUCUUUCAAAGGCUGCCUCCGAAAAAUUAGGGUGAACACUCAAAGCACGGGCCUACCUCAAGCUGCCAUCACUAAGGACAUCACUGUGGGCUGUAAGACAGGGCAAGCUCCAGAUGCAGUGACAUUGACCAGCCCAACAGAUCAUCCCGAGUUUGAUGUUACAACCACACAUCCAAUCACCAACAAUAAAAAGAACCCUAACUUUUUGUUGUUGAGAAAACUAGAGGUAGCGGAGGGAAGCCGAGCACCACUGGAACCCAAACACAUGAGGGUGAAUCUGGAUUUUCGGAAACUGGGCAUUCAUCCAUCCCAGUUGAUGUUCCGCAUUGAGGGUCAGCCUGUCCAUGGCCAGCUCCGGCUGGACCUCAGUCCAGACCCUGAUGGGAUGCUGGACAAGGGGCAGGAGAGGACUAUCACAAUAGGAGCAGAAGAAGUUGACCGGACUUUCAGUAUGCUGGACCUGUGGCAGGGCAGGGUAAUGUAUGUUCACAGUGGGUCAGAGGACCUGCAAGACUUCUUCAUGUUUUCAGUCUUCUCCAGUAGUAAGAGGGAACUUCCUGCAUUUCUGAAGGGCAACCGCCUGCACCGGUUUGAUAUCAGUAUCAGUCCUGUUAAUGAUGCACCUGUGCUUAGCCUGCCGGAGGGAAAUCUUUUCACUCUAGUGGAGAAGUCCAAACGAGUGCUGACAACAGAUGUGCUGAGAGUGUUGGACCCUGACAGCAGUCCUGCAGAGCUGGUGUUCAGCUCCCUGGGAAACCUCAACACUGAGGCCGGACAUCUUGAGCACCAGGAUUACCCCGGCAGGGCUAUUAACUUGUUCUCCCUGAAUGAUCUGGAGGAGGCUAAGAUCAGCUUUGUUCACACUGGGGUGCCCACCUCCAGGCUGGCUCUCAGGGUUAGCGACGGGAUGAAGAUGAGCAACACAGUAGUUUUGAGAAUUAUGGCAGUGGCACUCAAACAUGAACUGGUGAAUAACACUGGACUUGAGGUGAACCAAGGCGGGGCUUCCUUCAUCACAAACUUUCACCUUGCAGUACAAGUUAAUGUGGCUGGUCAGGCAGUAGAUAUCCGCUAUGACAUUACAGAGCUGCCACAAUAUGGUGAGCUCCAGAGGUUGCACUCAAGCGGUGACUGGAAACCGACUACUUCCUUCUCUCAGAAACUCCUAGAAAAAGAACGGAUCCGAUACCUCAGCACUUUCCAUGGCCUUCAGAAGCAGAACAACAUCACUGACCACUUCAAAUGUAAAAUCAGCAUUGGUUCCCUGGCUACCGAGGAAGUCGAAUUCCUUAUUAUGGUACGCUGGAUCCACUUCAAAAUCACACGCAGCAAGAUGGAGGUCAACGGUGUUCAGACUGCUGCUGUCACUCCCGAGGAUCUGCAUGUGAUUUCUAAGGGCGUUAAACUCAACGAGAGUGACCUCUACUUCAGGCUCCUAACAGUCCCAAAGAAAGGGCAGCUAUUCCUCAACAACAGAGUUCUACAAAGGAACUCAACCUUCAGUCAAAAGAAUAUCACGGAUGGCUCGGUGAAGUACGGGUUGCUCAACAGGCUGCACGAUGACACAAGAGACACAUUCAGCUUUCAGGUGUUUUCAACACUUGCCAACUCUACUAGUUACGACUUCAGAAUCAACAUAAAAGCAGAGUCAACCGCCAUCGAUGUUGUAAACAAAGGCCUUUCAAUCCUGGAAGGAGGAAGUAAAGUCAUCAACAAAGAUAUUUUGUUUACGCACACAGCAAGUAACCGGGAGGUCCACUACAACAUUACGGUGAGCCCCAGGCACGGGCAGAUAAGAAAGAUCAACCUUUCCAACUCAACUUCCAUUAAUGACAACGUUGUGACAUUCACAAAUCAGGAUAUCAUUCGGGAGAGGAUCAUGUACGUUCAUGAUGACAGCGAGACCAAGCAGGAUUCCUUCACUUUUCAAAUUGUGGUUUACAAACUGCACAAACACACCAGCAAGAAGGAGGACAGAAACACAGCCGAACACACCUUUAAUAUCUCUGUGCAGCUCGUCAAUGAUCAGAGACCUGUCAGGGUUGUCGAUAAAGUUUUCCAUGUGGCCCGCGAUGGGCAGAGAUUGGUGACGUUAAAUGACCUUUGUUACCAGGACGAUGACUCGGACUUUCAGGACAGUUGGUUGGUGUACACGCGGAGGGGGAUUCCCAUGGGGGAGCUGGUGCUGGCCAGUGAUACCAGUCACAAGCUGUAUGAGUUCACACAGCGGGACCUCGAGCAGAAAAAGGUGUUGUUUGUCCACAGAGGGGUGAGUUUCGGGCGUUUUGUGCUUUUCGUAUCAGAUGGGAAACAUUACGUUUCAACACUGCUGGAGGUGAUUGCCCAGGAUCCUUACCUUCAGGCUGAGAACAACACAGGCCUCACAGUGCAGCGAGGUGGGAUCACUGCCUUGACCUCUGCUAACCUCAGCAUCUUCAGCAACCUUGACAUCCGAGACCCACGGGAAGUGACAUUUGAGGUCUUCCUUCCACCUAAACACGGUGUGCUCUGCUUUAACGGUGGUGAUCGUGAGACUGUAACAGAAGCACAUGCAAUUUCAAGAUUCACCCAGCAAGAUUUGGUGGAGGGGCGCCUAGCGUAUCACCACGACGGCAGCCAGGAAUUGUCAGAUUGGUUCAAUGUGACGGCAAGAGCAAGGGAGAAGAGCACAGAGAGUCGAUUGGACAGAGGGAGGAGGGAGGUACAUCUGGACAUCGGAGUGCCAGUAAAGGUCUACCUGGAGAGUCACCAGAGGCCGCCAACGGUCCUAAGUAACCAUCCAGUGGUGGUGGUGGAGGGACAGAAUGUCUCCAUAAGCAAGGAGCACUUAGAGGUGGUUCAUGAGGACAGCCGGCCCGCAGAGAUAGUUUUUAAUGUCCAAAGUCCUCCCACCCUGGGCUUCCUUCAGAGGAUUCCCCCCAGCCACAAGCACCAGAACAACAAUGGAGAACAGCAGCACCUCUAUCAAGGCACCAGAGAGCAGGCAAGAAACUCCUUCACCCAGGAGGACGUCAACCAAGGAUCGGUGAUCUACCAUCAGCAGGCUACAGGAAGCACCAGCGACUCUGUUCUGCUGGAGGCAACAAAUGGGGUCACAAAGGUCGGACCUAUCAGGCUGGAGAUUGAUAUCAUCCCCAUCCUGCUGCCUCUACAGGUGUCUGAUCUGACCCUUGAUGAGGGGUCGUCCCUGCCGCUGACCUCUGACAUCAUCAAGGUCGCCAAUCAUCACUUCUCAGGGAUGAACUUCCUGUACCAGGUCAUUGAUUCACCGCGACAUGGACACUUGGAGCACAGCCGGAUCCCGGGGAUGCCCAUCACUGCUUUCACUCACACUGAGGUGGAACGUGAGUACAUCUCCUAUAUCCAUGACGGCAGUGACACACAGAGAGACAACUUUACCAUUGUGGCUAAUCAGACGGAAAUCAGAAAGCACAGUCUGCCCUGCACAGUUCACAUCAAUGUCAAAGCCGUCAAUGAUGAGACUCCUGUUGUUACAACCAACAAGGGUUUAAAGGUGUGGGUGGGUUCAGUGACAGAAAUCACCAUAAAUGAUCUUAGAGCAGAGGACUCAGACACGCUGCCCGGGGUACUGGAGUUCAUCGUCACGCCACCCAGCAACGGCCACCUGGCCCUGAAGAGCGCCCCAUCCAGACACAUCCUAAACUUCACCCAGGAUCACAUACAAACCGGACAACUAGUGUUUGUGCACAGUGGUGCUUUGUCGGGUGGCUUUCAUUUCCAGGUAAAUGACGGCGUGAACUUCGCCCCUCGCCAGAUCUUCAGCACAACUGCCCACUCUCUGGUCCUUACCCUGCAGAGAAAUCAUCCAAUGGAGGUCUACCCAGGCUCUGUGACACCAAUCACUCAGCAGGAGCUUCAGGCCAUAACCAACGAUGUCAUUGAUGUCAGAAGAAACCACUCUGUGGUGUUUGCAGUGACCGAUCCUCCUAAACUUGGUCGCCUGGUCCGACGUAUGCGCGAUAACUCUACACUAAACAUUUCCACGUUCACACAAAGCAUGGUGAAUGAUGGAGUUAUCUUGUAUGAUCAGAACAAGCCAGAGUCAGUGGGAUGGUCAGCUGCAGACACUUUCUCUUUCACAGUGUCCUCACCUCCAGCUUUCCUUCCUCCACACACCUUCACCAUCUUAAUCUCCUACCAGGCCAACGAACAUCACGACAACCUUCAACACAGGACUAGACUACUGAACAAUGCAGGUGCUGUGGUGGCUGAGGGAGGCAAGGUGAUGAUUGACAGGUCUAAACUCGAUGCCUCCAAUCUGCUUGGGAAAGUUCCAGAGCCUCACCGGAAAGACCACCACAUCCUGUACCGUGUGAUCUCCCUGCCACGCCACGGGGCUCUGUCUAUACGAGGACACAACCUCACCAGGAACCAACCUGAUUUUUCCCAGGUCACCCUAAACAAGUUAGGCAUCACAUACAUCCACGAUGACUCAGAGACGACGAGCGACAGCUUUACUUUCCGGGCUUGGGUGGCUCCUCUGGAUCUCUCUUCUUCUUCCUCCUCAUCUUCCUUGUCUGCCUUUUCCUCUGAUUCCUCCUCCUCCUCCUUUUCCCCUCUCUAUUCAGCCUCAUCGUCCUCCCUUACUUCAGUAGAUGCGGUUUCUCACCACCGCGUCAAGGACAGCCUGGCGGUAACAGAGACGUUCAACAUCACAGUGACGCCGGUCAACGACCAGCCGCCACUCAUCAGGAGCAGAACACCGAGUAUGAAGGUCGUAGUCGGAGAGAGAGUCGCAAUCGGACCAGACAAUCUGCAGGUUGAGGAUCAUGACACACCUCCAGAGGAGCUGCACUACCUCGUGAUCAGUAAGCCCAGCAACGGUUACCUGACGCUGGGGGAAAGACCGGAGCCAGUGACCUCCUUCACCCAGUACGACGUCAACCACGGCCGGCUGCACUUUACACAGCAGGGUGAGCCCUCAACAGGUGUUUUCUACUUCAACGUGACCGACGGUCAUCAUCGUCCACUCUACAGACUGUUCAGUGUGGAGGUGAUAAAGCCCCGUGUCUCCAUGGUGAACAACACUGGCCUGUCAAUGGUUCAAGGCAGGACUGCUGUGGUCCUGACAACCCACCAGCUUGCAGCUCAAACCAACAGUCGCAGCCGGGCCAACAUCACCUACACGGUCACCACACACCCUCGCCACGGACGCAUUGCCAUUAAUGACCAAGAAGUCACGACCUUCUGCCAUGAGGACCUGCAGUUUGGCCGUGUUGUCUACCACAUGACCGAUCUCAGUGAAUCAGAAGACAGCUUCCAAGUCUCAGUGUCAGCCUCGUCCCCCGAUGUCGACUAUGGAAAUGUGACAGCGCAGACGGUGAAUGUAACUGUGCGGCCUCUGAUCUACCUGAGAGAGCCAGUAAGAGUGCCCAGCGGUAUCGCUGUGAAACUGGGGAAAGCCAUGAUUGAUGCCUCUGAGCUGGCGAGAAUCAGCCGAGCCGACCCGGUCUUUGAGGUUCUGUCUUCACCAAAACAUGGAAAACUAGUCAAGAUGACCUAUGACCCUAACCGAGCAUCAGAGGUCCUGAAGUCUUUUACGUACAGAGAUGUGGUGCAAGGCCGGGUCGCCAUCGAGGAGACUCUCAGUGAUGGUGACAACCAGCUCCAUAAUAACAAAUCAGCACUCACAACAGCUCAAGGCCACGCCCCCGCCACACCUCUCAAUGAUUCUUUCAUCUUCCUACUGAAGGCCGGAAACGUCCAACCAGCGAAAGGCGAGCUUCACUUCACCAUCUUUCCCCACCACCAGAUGCAUCAUGGUCUGAGUGUUUCAAAUAAAGCAGAUGGUGCAAGUCACAAACACACGACGAGCCGUCUGCCCACACAUAAUAGGACCACUACCAAAGGAGGUGGACGAGGGGGAUCCACGACGCAAAACGGGGUCGGUUUGCCCCCGCACAUUUUGUCACAUAAGAACAACAGGACACAGCACAAGUUAAGGCCUCACAACCGCUGGGCGAACCACACGCGCAGCGGGAGUCAUGGAGGAAGGUCAGGGAGCGAUGCAGAGGGAGCAGGAGGAGGUCACAGUCAUGCCCCACAGCCCCACACUCCCUCUAUCUCAGACAAACCCGGCCCGGUGAACCAUCCUAACACUCACCCGGUUCACGUUGAGGUCCUCCCUCGCCCCGCUGCUGACCCUCUCCUCAUCAUCCUGCCACUGCUGUCGUGUUUGCUACUCAUCGUAAUCCUCAUAGUUUUGAUUCUGGUGUUCCGCCGCCGCAAGGAGAAACAGGCCCGGCUGCGGCUUCUCCAGCAACUCGCUGCAAUGGGGUUACCCCCUGAAGAGGGCACUGACGGCAGCCCUUACCUGGGCCAGGCAGAGCGGAGUGUUGCUAUGCCCUCUGUGGUUGUCACCCCGCUGGGCCCUAGAAGCUGCCCCACCUCUCCCAGGGUACCCAUUAGUCCUAGAAGGAGGAGUCUGGCCCCUGGGAUGACCUUCUGGGGACCAUUUGAAGCUGACGGGGCAGGUGAUGAUAGGAAUAUUAGACAUGGUAACAUUAGUGAAAGAGAUUAUGGACCAUGUGGUGGUGCUGUACCAGAUUUCACUGCAGGAUUCAAGACCUCUCUGAGAUCUAUGUCCCUUACUCCGACUCUUAAAGACAACCACUACUGGGUCUGAUGGAAGUAAUUCAAAGACAAACUGUGCCUUAGUGGUGUAUUUUUGGUGUGAAGGGUGUAAAUGGCAUGUGCGUACUCUCCAGGGGACAUCUAUAGUCAUCUAAGGCACAGCUGAAACUUUUUAAAAACAUGACAAAAAUAUGCACAUUUGUUGAAGAAAUUGUUGAUUUUCGUAGGGAAUGUAUAAAUCCCUUUAUAUUUAAGUAAUUUCACUGAACCGACUUGAACUGAACACAUCUUUGUUGUAGUGUACUAAAAAACAAUGUACUGAAAAACUGUUAUUUCAACUGUAAGACAUUCUAGGAGGUGUGAGGUACUGAAUCCAUUAUAAUUGCUUAGGCAGCUGUUUGCCAUUUUCUUUGGUCAGAUUUAAUGUAGCAAAAUUUUAAGUUAUCUUAAAUGUGUCAUACAACUGGUAAUUGACACCUCUCGCGUACAAUAUUGUAACUGUACGGAGUUGAUGUGUGUAAACUAUGUAUGUUAGCUGUUAGAUCAUAGUGUU